AUGGCGCUCGCUGGGGCGGAUGCGGGCCAGCCGGAGUACCUCACCGCGCGCCUCGGGAGGAUGAACAUGGUGGCGACCGGCGACAUCAUAACCACCGAGGCGGGCGAGAAGCAUCUGCAGGCCUUCACCCAGGGGUGCGAGGAGUGGAUGUCAUACCACGAGAAACCGGUCGCAGAGGAGGAUCUCGCCGCAUACUCGGAGUUCGUCGGCGCCCUCCUCUCCGGGCCGCCCUUCCAGACGGAGAAGGAGUACGAGCAGGCGAUCAACGCCGUCCGGAAACGGUACAGAAUGACGCUUUCCAAGCCGCAGAUCGUUCGCGCCUACUACCGGCUUCGCGACGAGGGUCGCAUCGAGCGACACGCCAUGUUCGAGCGCAUCACCACCAAGAAGGCGGUCCGCUCCAACUCCGGCGUGGUGGUGAUCACGCUCCUUACCGCGCCAGGCAAGUUCUCGUGCCCGGCCGACUGCUACUACUGCCCCGACGAGCCGGGGCAGCCCCGGUCCUACUUGUCCACGGAGCCAGCGGUGGCGAGGGCCAACCAGAACGAGUUCUGCCCGGUGAGGCAGUUCUACGACCGGGCAGGCACUCUGGCCAAGCAGGGGCACACGGUGGACAAGGUGGAGAUCAUCGUGCUGGGCGGCACCUGGUCUUACUACCCUCGGGACUACCAGGAGGAGUUUUGCCGCGACGUCUUCUACGCGGCCAACACCUUCGACGAGGGGAAGAGCAA